AUGGCAGCCGACGCAGAGCCUAAGUCCAAGUAUGCACACUUUGCCGAGCCUCAUCCUGUCUUUGAAACUUUCAAAGAAGAGGCUAGCAAGCCCAUUGAUGCAAUAUAUGCCAUCAAAGAUAUGGACACAUUCAAAGCUGCAUGGAACGCAUUCCCACCUGCGGUUUUUGAUGAUGGGCCCGUUGUUGGCCAAGACAUCACCGUCGAGCAUAUAAACAUACCAGUGAGCGAUGGCACCUUGAUGGAACUCAGGAUUUAUAAGCCAAUCAAUCCCGUGCCGACAUCCACUUUAUUCUUUGUAUCACAUGGUGGAGGAUGGACGAUAUGCACUCACGACGUCGAAGAGGCGCAGAAUAGGCAGGUCGCCAAGGAUAACAAAUGCGUUGUCGUGAGCGUGGAGUAUCGAAAAUGCCCCGAGUUUCCGUUCCCAUACCCGUUAAAUGACUGCUACGAUGCGUUGCUCUGGUGCAAAUCGAAUGCCUCAACCCUCGGUAUCAACCCGGAGAAGAUUAUCCUAGCAGGCACAAGUGGCGGUGGAAAUCUUGCGGCUUGUAUCGCACUGAAGGCCCGAGAUGAGGGAGUCACCGGAAUUAUUGGCCAAGUCCUCAACAUGCCAAUGAUAUGUCACCCAGACCUAUUCCCGCGCGACAAAUAUGAAUAUAGGAGCUGGGAAAAGAAUGAGAAUGAGGCCGUCGCAUCGUCCUCAAGAGCCCUAUUCCACUGGAAUUUGUAUCUUCCGGAACUGAAGCCGGACGCCUAUGCAAAUCCCAUCCUGGCUGAAAGCCAUGCAAAUCUCCCUCCAGCCCUCAUCCAAGUAGCCGGUCUCGAUCCCCUGCGUGAUGAAGCUUUUGCCUACGGGGAGGCCCUGAAGGCAGCUGGGGUUCCGGCGACCGUGAAGGGAUUUGUCGGGCUCCCGCACGCGUUUUAUUUCUUCCUCCAACAGCUGAACAAGGAGUCCAGGGAGUAUAUCCAGAACAUUGUUGAUUUUGUACAGGACGUCGAGAAAAAAUCGAUACCUAUAUAG